CUUAAGCCGUCUACACACUCGCGCGCGAACCGCGCGCGAAGGCGCGAAACACCCGCGUAACAUGAGUGUAGAUCCGAUUCGCAUAUUCUUCGCGGCUUCGCGGCUCGUUCGCGCUGUGUUCCCCGAAAAUUGUCGGUUUUUUGUCCCGCGACAAAGCGCUCGCAGGCGCGAAGCGCGACGUGAACGCGACAAGACUAUACAUUCGCGCCUCGGGCAGCUCAGUCGCUCAGUAGCAAUUGACACGGAUGGUUGUGUUUUAGUUUUUUUUUAGGUAUAUGCUACGAUUUUGCUUGCAAAAUGAGUAACGUGUGGAGCAAUGAAUUAGAACUAACAUUUAUAGAAUGUUUUCGUGCUGAGCCGGUAUUAUGGGACAUUAAUUUGAAAGAUUAUAAAAAUAAACUGAAAACCCAUGAUGCUUGGAUGCGGAUAAGUACGGUGAUGGAAAUACCAAUUGAUGAAUUGAAAAAGAAAAAAGGUUCUCUCAUGUCAAGCUAUAGGAGCUACAAGGGAAAAGUUAAGAAGUCCGUUCAAUCGGGAGCUGGUGCCGAUGAGAUAUAUCAGCCCAUUUGGUUCGCUUAUGAAGCAAUGGAUGCUUUUUUGGGAGAUACUCUAAAGUGUAAAAAAAGUAUGAAUACGGAACGUGGAAUAAAGGAGCCUAAAGAAGUAAAUCUCGAAGCUAUUAAAGAGAAUGUUGAAGAAAUGAAUGAAAAUCGAAGUCAGUCUAUUAACACCCAAAAAGACAGUGACCAGACAAUCCACCGACGCAAAAUCUCUUCAGAAGUGGUUGACGCAGGAAAUGUCGUUAAAGACGCUCUUAUCACCUUCAAAUCCACGCUAAAAAGGAACCCAUUACAGCCUAUUCAGCAAGACGAUGAUUGCGAUUUAUACGGAAAACUAUUAGCAAAUAAGUUGCGAAAAUUAUCUGAAAAGAAUAGAUUGAAGUUGAUGCACGACAUUGAUGGGAUGUAUUUACAAUACCAAUUUGAUGACCCUUUAGUGAUGACUCCAUCGCCACCUCAUUUUUAUGAACCAAGAACAGGCACAUCAUCAUCUACGCAUUCAGAGCCUCCAUUUCAUUACGGGCAGGCGAAUCAAAAUACUUAUUACCAAAAUAGACAAGUAAUAUCAGCCCCACCUUCUAAUAUCAUUAUUCAAUCGAACCGGCUAAUUCGUACACCAGAUUAUCCUGUCCUUCAUUUACCAGAGAACCAAGAUGCAAACACAUCUGAUCAUAAUAAUGAUAUAGUUCAGACAGCUUUUGACUUAAGUUAAAUACCUACUGAAAUUACCGAAUUUUGUUUUUAUUGUCUAUUGAAUUUUGUUAUUAUAUUUGGUUGAUUUUGCAAAGUUAUAUUCUAGAUUCUAAGUAGUUCUGUAUAUGCAUAAUAAAAGUAUUAAAUUGAUGUCCUUACUUUUAUUUCAUCCUCUAACACUUCACAUAGGGCAUGGCAAACUUCGGGUAUAAUUUUUGAUAUUAUUUGUGGUGAAACUUUGAACAAAAAAUGAAGGCUUUCAAAGUCAUCUCCUGUUGCUAAGUAUCUCAGUGUUAUAGCGAGACGUAUCUGGGCAGGAAUAGCUUUUCGUAAUUGGGUGUCUUGUUUUGAAAUUCGUGUUGAAAUUUGACUAAGCAAAUAUUCAAAAUCAUUUAAUGACAUCCGGGAAAACUUUUUGAAUUCAUCUGUAGGUUCUGCAACUAGUUCAUUCAACUGCUCCUCCAUGGUUGCACUGUAACAAAAUACAAAGUUAUCAAGUAUCAGAUCCCACAUCACAAGAUAUGUUACAGCGGCGUAUUACAUUUUAACUGUUAUUAAAACUG